CUUAUUUUUACAGUGCUUGGUAAAAAAGCGACCCCUAUAAACAGAACAAUUCUGUCACCACGUGUCCACAUGCUGGGAGACGAUGCUGCCUGUAUUUGUUAUGUUCGACUUCAGCAGUUCAUCAACAGGUAACAGGGCACAAAGAAUGGCUAGUGACCUGUAUGCAGUUUGUAAUAAAUUUGGUGACCUGGGGCCCCCCUGCAAUUUUAGCAACUUUCAAGCGCAAUUAAACGAAAGGAGAGCCUGAUCACAUGUAGGGAAAGAACUUGUUCGCUUUCUUGUUUCAGCAGGUUUUCGUUGUUUCUUAGAAUACCGGCAACUGUUCCUAAACUUUUCAAUAUUUCUUGUAAAAAAAGGGUUGGAUCCUAGAGUACCAAGCGGUGUUCGACCCUGUUGCAAAAAGCAAGCAUCUCAUUCCCUGUGUUUCAAAGGUUUUUCUUUGGGGCUUUUUUUGUGGGUUGCCCGGCAAGACUUAACAAUCCCCUUUGGCCAAGUUAUCUAUGAUUCCCUGCCAGAAAAUCCUCCGCAACAAAGCAUUGGAUUCACACCGUUCAUUUUAAGUUGCUUUAUUCAACUGAGGUCUGUUGAAUACUUGUGAGUGAGACUUCAAAACCGGCAUUUUUAGAUAAUUUUAUUUUAAUGGUAAAAACUCAAAACGAAACUUACUUACAAAUCUUAAUGGCAGUGAUGAGAAUUUUACUUUUCACUCCCAUGAUCUUUGUUUUCCUUUUGUCCACUUAAUUUUCAGUGCUGGUGUACCAUUAACACGUCAAACUGAAGAAACACGGGUGUGGCAGAAAAAAUCAGGACAAUGGGUCAACGUCCAUUUACAUCUUUCCAACAUGACGAACAGCCCAAGCAACUAA